UUUUUUUUUGUCACCCACGGCCGAAGGAAGGGAUGUUGACGCUCCUCUAUCCAAGACGGUAAAAAAUAAGCCAGGCCCCUUUCUACCGAAACCAUACACGUAUUCGAUUCACCGAGAAGACAGCGAUAUUACAACACUAGAAGAAGGCUGAGAGAUAAAUGUGCAUACCAACGGCUGUACCGACGAACGUUCAAAGCGUUUUGUCGAGAAUCAAAAUGAUAGAGCACCCCACUUCGGGAGAGGAGAGCAAACUUGGGCUGUACAACUUCAAAGUAGCUACGUGGAAUGUUCUAGCGGAUGGCUACACGUUUCCGAACUAUUACUCCCACUGUACCGCAGCGCUGAAUUGGAGCACUCGAUUCCCGCUCAUCAUACAACACAUCGGAAGGGCCGACCCGGACAUUUUGUGUCUACAGGAGGCGGAUCAUUGGGACGAAUACAAACGCGCGCUGAACCUCAUGGGGUACAAGACGUUGUAUUUGAAGAGAAGUGGAUGCCGGCGCGAUGGCUGCGCAAUCUGCGUGAAGAGAAAAAAAAUCAAAAUUGUGGAAAGAAAGUGCAUUUACUUCAAUUCUCUGUGUGAGCUUCCAUUUGAGGAUGCGAGUCGAAUUCAAAGAGACUCCGUGGCCUUGGUCGCCGUUCUUCAGCCAAUCGUCCGUCGCCGACAGCUGAAUGACGAUGGCAGCGAACGACUCAACGAGGAAGCGGCGGCGCACCAGCCGACGAAGUUCUGCGUCGCCACGACUCAUAUCUUUUGGGAUCCGCAAUACGAAGACGUCAAAUGCCGACAGGUUCAUUAUUUGAUGGUGAAACUGGAACAGUUUUGGAAAAAGGCAAAAAACCUGAUUUUGUGUGGCGAUUUUAAUAGCCCUCCGACGAGCGCUAUUAUUGAAUUUUUGAGAAAAGGCAAAGUCGACCUGCGUACGUGGGACCUGGACAUGAUACCUGGAAAUCGUCAGCUCAAGCCCUGUCACGGCUGGUCGUCGUUGGGUUUGAUUCAGCCCGCGUUUGAAAAGCAGCCGAAGCAGGCCAGCAACAGCGGCAAUCACCGUCGAUAUUCGAGCUUGUUUCUGCGACUUAAGUCUCCCAUCCUCCGUCACAAGUUCCAGUUUCAGAGCGUCUACCAGUGCUAUCGCAAGCACAUGGAAUGGCUCUCUAAGGGACGCACGCUCUCGACUGACUGCGAAAAGAAGGUGUUCACCCAGAGGUACAAGGGCAAGAUUUACGAGCCUUUGAUCACGAGCCACUUUAGUCAGUUCAGCGGGACCCUGGACUACAUUUUCGUAGCCAACGGCGUUAGGCCCGUUCGGUAUUUGCAGCUUCCGUCGGAGGUUGAGCUCAUGAAGAUUGGACCCCUUCCGACGGACACGUUCGCGAGCGACCACCUGAUGCUGAUGUGCGAGAUCCAUUUGGAGAACUGAGACGUCGAGGACACGCCCAAAGAUAUAUAUAUAUAUAUAUGAAUUUUUUCCCCUUUAUUAAUAAAUUCACACACACGCGCUUUUAGAGUA